AUGCGCACGUACGAGACGACGAUGAAGACCAUGCAGACGACAACUACAGCUAUACCACCAGCUUUCCCAUCUUUUAAAAACAACUGUAUUUCAGACAAGGAAGAUCCAAUAAACAAGUCAGAGGUGGUCGUACAAUUUCCCUGCAGCGACCGAUUCAAGCCAUCUUACGUUCACAGCUUUGGUUUGACUCCGAACUAUAUCGUUUUCACGGAGACACCGAUCAAAAUCAACCUGUUCAAGUUCCUUUCGUCCUGGAGUCUCUGGGGUGCCAACUAUAUGGAUUGCUUUGAGUCCAACGAGACCAUGGGGGUCUGGCUCCACGUGGCAGACAAAAAACAAGGCAAGUGCCUCAACCAUAAGUACAGGACGUCGUCUUUUAACCUCUUCCAUCACAUCAACACCUAUGAAGACAACGGAUUCCUCAUCGUGGACCUGUGCUGCUGGAAAGGCUGUGUAUGGUUUGAGUUCGUUUACAAUUAUUUGUACUUAGCCAAUUUACGUGAGACCUGGGAAGAGGUGAAGAGAAAUGCCAAAAAGGCUCCCCAGCCCGAAGUGAGGCAAUACAUCCUCUUUGUGAAUAUCACCAAAGCCGACACGGGCAAGAACCUCGUCAGUCUCCCCCACACCACAGCCGCGGCCAUCCUGUGCAGCAACGAGACCAUCUGGCUGGAGCCGGAAGUGCUCUUCUCUGGCCCCCGACAAGCCUUUGAGUUUCCUCAAAUCAACUACCAGAAAUACAGCGGGAAACCUUACACGUACACCUACGGGCUUGGCCUGAAUCGCUUUGUCCCGGACAGGCUCUGUAAACUAAACGUCAAAACAAAAGCCGCUUGGGUGUGGCAGGUGCCCGACUCUUACCCGUCAGAGCCCAUCUUCGUUUCUCACCCGGAUGCUCUUGAAGAAGACGAUGGAGUGGUCCUGAGCGUGGUGGUGAACUCCGGCCCGGACCAGAAGCCUGCUUACCUUCUCAUCCUCAAUGCCAAAGACAUGAGCGAAGUGGCCCGGGUGGAGGUGGAGAUUAACAUUCCCGUUACCUUCCAUGGCCUCUUCAGGAAGUCGUGACCGCUCGCCUUCCAGUUACAUGUUUCCCUCAUAGAGCUCUGAGGCUGGGGAGACACCCAUGCAACCAUGUCCUUCCCCACACUCAGAAAAGCUAGGGUCCACACGUCGGGGGCCGGAACGGGAAGAAAA